AUUUAAGAUUAUUAAGAAACACUUCUUUAUUUGACUUGAGAACUUAUUUGAUAGAGUGUUGUUGGGUUUCCUUGUGUGUACUAGGAACGCCUGUUGGUAUUUGAUUCGCGCGGAAAGAAACUCAGAAUGUCAAAAGAUAGUGAGCUAUCAUAUUCGCAUCGUAACGGAAGGUUAGUGGACAUAAUAGAUGAUGAAUGGAAAAACGAAAAGCUACCAAAUGAAGAGAUAGCUGUACCAGAGUUUGAGCUCCCUCCAAUAGAUGAUACUGACAAUAGUGGUACUGUGGAAUCUCUGAAGGAACAAGAAGAAAAGUGGACAGAUUUGGGAAUCAGUCAACUUCAGGAAUCUCAGCCUGUAAAUGGACAUUAGUGCAAGCUUAUACAGAUUAUUUCGUAGGUGCUAUAAACACUGAGAGAGAAAACAGUGGAACUGUAAAUAGAGUUUAUGAAUAGCUGAAAACAAAUUGUAAAUCAUUCUUUCGAUAUAAUUGUAUAAAAGUGUCAAAAUUUUUGCAUAUA